AUGAAGAUCAGCACCGUCCUGUCCCUUGGUGCGGCCAUACUUCCUCUGGCCAGCGCUGAGUGCAACUAUCAUGACAUGGGGUGGUUCAAUAAGAAGUGGCGCCUCGCUACUUUCAAGUCCAAGAACUGCAUCAACAAGACCGGAGACUGGACUCGCAAGGGUUUCGGUACCUGGUGCAUCGACAUACCUAACAAUACCAAGUCCUUCAUCUUCAAUGUGGGCGGCGGGUACAACCCGGCCAAUCUGGAAGAUUGUACCAUCUUCUUCAAGACGAAGAGCAACUGCGGAGGGAAAACUAAGGGAAGAUCUAGGGGCGAGUGGAAGAAGAAGUCUCUGGAGAACAAGGUGGCUGGUGCUUACGUCCAGUGCACCAGACUCGUCAAUAAACGCGAUGCAGAAGAAAAGGGUCCUGGGGAGAGAAAGUUCAUUAGGGAUGAUGAUGGGCAGUGGUUUGAGGAGCUUGAGGAUGGUGAAUGGGUCAAUGUCGAGGUAGUCGCGAAUGACGAUGAGGGGGAGAUUGAAGAGACCGAGGACGCUUGA